CUUAUUUUUAUAAAAUGUCAUCCAAAUAUCGAAAACCGACGAACUUAGUCAUUAUGAAUACCUUCCGAACUUUUUACUAAGCCGAAAUCCGUGUCAUUAAUUAGAGACUAAAAUUUAUUAUUAACAGUUUGUUUAAAUGUUAGAAAUAAUUUAUAUUAGGAUAUAAAUAUCCCUAUUUAAUUGAAGUGUCAAAAUUCAAAAGCAUAAUAUCUUGAAAUUACAUUACUGUUGCUACUACAUAAUAUCCAUUGAUCAAUUUAUCAUUUCAUUAAAUAAUUCAAGUUCAAAGGUCAGAUUCUUUCCAAAGUAAUAGCACCGCUGGACUGCCACAGUACUUCUAUAACUAUAGUUCUUCAUAACAGUCAACUGAAUAAUAUAUAUUUCUCUUAUUAUAGUUAUUGAUUGAUUGUCUUGACUCAGUAAAGCUGCUGCUCCAACUUUCUAUUUAUAUGUUACAUAGAUAGACUCGCGUGACGUUACUCUAUUACUAUUAUAUUACCGUAGCAAAGGCAGAGGAUGUCUGAAGAUGCACCAGAUGAGAAGUGUCUUGAAAACUAUCAAUAUUCUUUUAGGAAAGACAUAAUUAGGUAAGUCUUUCUACCUAUAAAAGUAGACUUAGUAGUACAUACUGAAUUAUUCACUAAAUUUUAUAUUUAAUUAUGUGAAUAUGACAUGAUAUAUUGGAUAUAUUUAACUACUUAUCCACUUACCAGUGGCGUCACUUGGGGGGUGCGGACAGCACUGUCACUGGUUGACAACCUUACAACUCCAGGGAAGACACAAAUGGUUAAUUAAUGAUAAUUUGUUAGAGCUGCUCGAUUCGGGUGCAUAAUAUAUCAAUUCUAAGUUUAAUUUAAGAGCAGGAUGCUAUCAGUCAGACUUAUCAUUAUCAUGCAUCUUAUUUUGCACAAAAACCCAGAGUUUUGGGGCAAAUCAUUUGUCAUUUGAAAGAGAUGCUUAUAACUAUAAAUAAAAAAAGGGAUAUAUUAUACUAAUUAUAGUUAAUAAGUUAUAGUCCACUCAUUAAUCAUUCCUCAUUAAGCCUACAAAUAUUUCCCACAAUUCUGUGGCUUAAUGUGAGAGGAGCUUUUGAAAAAUGAAACUUAUAAAGAACUAUUUGCGAUUAACCAUAGAAAAGUCCAGGCUUUCUGAUCUUCCUAUUGUGUUAACUGAAUGUGAUAAGUGAAAGAAUGUUGAUUUUGAUGAAUUGAUUGACAGGUUUGAUCUUUGAGGACCAGGAAAGUAAAAGCUGUAACUGUUAUUAAAUGUUAAGUUAAAUGUUUCAAUAAAAGUAAUUUUGUUGCUUUUAACUUUUGUAAAAUGCCAAACACAAAGCGAUUCUUUAUGAUCUGGUUACAAAUCAAUCUGUGCCAGUAGGGGUUGGGGAGAUAUUCGUUGGGAGGGGUGGCACUAUGAGUUUACUCCAUGGGGUGAUACCAACCCUUGUGAUGCCUCUGCCACUUAAUAUAAUCAUUCAUCAUCAUGUCCUACUGAGACGCUGGUGCUUGAAGCUACUGCCAAGCAAGGAAUGCCACUUCUGUCUAUCAGUUGUUGCUAAUGAUUCCUUUGCAGUGUACUUUGGAAGCAAUCUGCAGAUCCUGCCUUCUCUAAAUUAUACUUCAUAAGACAUCUUUUGGACUUGGUCUACCAGGACAUCUUUUUCACUGGGCUGUCCAUCAUAGUAUAUUGUUGUCCUAAAUCUCAGUUCUUUAUUGGAUAUUGUCUUUUUCCAGAAGAUUCUAUGGAUCCUUCUUAAGCAUUGCACCUAGAAAACUUUUCCAGCUUCUGUUCUGAUAUGCUUUGGGUCUUCCUGCACUUUGAAUUUGAUCUAUACUCAAGGCAUUUCUUUAAACCAGGGGUAACUUUUUAAACAGAGUGCCAGUUCACUGUCCUUUAGAUACUGUUGGUGGCUAGACUUUAAUUUGAAGAAAAAAAUGAAUAUGAACGAAUUCCAAUGCCCAUUGCACAUAUCUUAUUUGUUUUGCAAAAAACAGGAAAAAUCAAUAAAACAUUUAAAAUAAAAAACAAUUUUAAUCAACAUCAACUUUUUAGUAUUAAAAUGGGAAAUAUUUUUUGGAUAAUUAAGAACAAUUAGCAAUAUUACGAUUAUAUAUAUAUAUUGUAUUUCAUAUAUUAAUUUUUAAACAUAAUAUAAAUUAUAUUUUUAAAAUCCUGAAAUCAAAAAGAAAAGAAUACAUCUUGAAAUGAUUUUUGCAUUUGAGACAAAAUUAAAUUCAAAUUAGUAAUGCCUACAUUAAAGUUUAUAAUAGUUAUAAAAUAAUGUUGACUAAAUCUAGUGGCGUAUGAAGGAGGGUGCAGAGGGGCAGUCUGCGCCAGGCUGCACUUUUUUCUUUAUAUGGAAUAAGGAUGGGUGGCACUUUUGGCCAAAUACAGUGGGUUUUUCCUAGAAAGCCCGGAAAGGGUGGAGGUGGGUGUGGGGGCAUCAAAUUUCACAGUGCUCUGGGCAGCACUAACCCUAGUUACUCCAAAGAUUAAACCUUAUCUGAGGAAAUGGUGUUUGAAAGGAAGACAAUAGGUUUUUUAACUAAUUAUUCAUUGAAUAUAUAAUGGCAUUCAACUAUCAUUUCAAAUGCUGUAAGCACCAAAUUGAUAUUAAAUUUAAAAAAAACAAAGGUCUAAUUUUGCCCAUUAUUUAAGGGAACUACUGACCCAUAAUAUAUUUAUUCUAUUUUUUGAACAGCAAUAAAGUGGCGUUCAUUACGGGAGGUGGUUCAGGCAUUUGUUUCACCAUUGCAGAAAUUUUGAUGAGGUAUUGAGAAAAGUUGAGAACCUCUUUAUAUACUGACCUUGAUUUUUCUCUGUCAUUUCUGAAAAUAUGUUGUGUUUUAGAAGUUCACUUGUUUGAUGUUCAAUUUUAACUAUUUAUCAUCCAUCAUUAUUGAUUUUUUUUUUCCUUUUUAAAUCCUUAUUGGUAUUAUUAUUACAAAUUUUAAGUCAAAAGUAACGAAAAGCAAGGAAAGACCUGUUUGCAAAUAAUUCAAGAUUGCAUUAGUAUAGAAAACUGAACAUCAAAUUUCAGACAUGGAUGUCAUACUGCUAUUGCUGGCAGGAAUCUGGAUCGUCUGAAAAAAUCUUCCCAAACUCUUAGCAAGACAACUGGACGCAGGUGUCUGCCUGUACAAAUGGAUGUUCGAAAAGUGAGUUAAUUUAUUUAUAGUUAAUUUUUUGGUUCAGCUAUUGAUAAUCAUGGUGGAGCAAAUUGCGAUCAGUGGCCAUUUUUUAAUAACAUCUUUCUAUACUCUGGUGUCCCAACUACAGUAAUUAAAAAACAGCAACAAUUAUUUUGCUGAACUAUAAAUCUGAUGAUUUAUGACUUAAUGACUUAACCAUAACUAAGCUAUACAGGAGAUAUAAAGCACAUAGGGGUUGAUUGAGUUACUUUGUUUAUGGAGGACAAGAUUUUCAAAUCUCUGUAUCAUUUAACUAUGAAUUACUAUAUCAAUGGCUAACCAUAACUGAGGAAUACAGGAAAUUAAGUUUAUGUUGAAAAUAGUAGUUGAGAAAACAUUAGACUUGCUAAUCUGGAUUCUGCUAUAUCAUGGAUAACUGUUUCUAUUUCUUUGAAGACAUUUUUAACUACUUCCGUACAUCUUGGUGAGGUGAGAAAUCAGCUGCUCAGCCGUAGCAUAAUCCUAGAAAAAUAUUUUAACCUUUCACAUUUUAGUAGAUCACCCAUUUACCAAUUAUGUAUUCAAUACAAUUACAUGUAAUUAAAAUUUCAAAUAUGCCAAGAAUUAAAAUAAAAUGACUGCUAUCAGAGGCCAUAGGGAAAUUUCCAAAUGGCAAAUGUUUAUUUUGUUGAUACAUACCAAUGCAAAUUGCAAAAAUGCAAAGUGUAAACAAUAAUGUAAUCUUCAUCAUAAGCAAAGCUUGUUAAAAGUUUUUCUGUUUGGUAUAUAAAAUAUAAGUUUAAGUGCAUAUGGUAAGUUUAUUUAAUUUAAAAACAAAGUUAAUAUUUGAUAAAUUGUUUACAAAAGGUAUUCUUCUUCUUCUUCUAUAUAUUAAGGGCCCACGAUCAAUUUAUUGAUCAUUUUUGGCUCCUAUGCACGUAGAGGGGAUUUGCAAUGUUUCUGUAUGACACCCCUCAACAAAAAAAAGUGUUGUUUUUUGGUUUGUUUUUUGAGGGUGGCUAGUUUUAAAUUUGUGUAUUGGUGACUGGUUUGUAUGUUUGUGCGAUUAGUGACAGGAGAGAAUUUUAUUUACAUUUUUGCAGGAAAAUACUAAAGAUGCUGGCUAUAUAGAAAAUAUGUCUCUUUUUAUAAGUCUUCUAUAAUGCAAAACUAAAAAAAAUGUGUAGUUGAAAAGUGGAUAAAUAAUUUGAAAACCUGGCUGUCAUUUAUUAUUUCUGGUUAAGAAAUUGUAUUUGUUUAUUAAAGAUAAGUCUAAGAUUAAGCAACUGCUAACAAUAAUGCUUUUUCCAUCCACGUUAAAUUUUAAUAACAGCCCCAAGAAGUCAUUACUGGAGUUGAAGCAUGCUUGCAAGAAUUCGGUCGUAUUGAUAUACUCAUCAAUGGUAGUAAUUUAUCAUCUUUAUUUGUUUGUUUUCUGUUGAAAUUACUUUAUGGACUUGACAACAUACAAACUGUCUUACACCAAUAUCUAUUUCCAUCACUUGUUUUGAAAGCUAGCUGCGAAGCAUCAGACCCUUGUAGCGGUAUUUUAAGCAGGUGACCCAUUUAUAUGUAAAAGUCUUUUUCUAGAGAACUUGUCAAAGCAAUGAUAUAAAAAAUAAGUUAAGUAAACAAUUAUUAAAUACUGUGUUACUUUUCAUUUAGAGUUACUUUAUUCUAAAACAUAAUUUUUAAAGAUAUGUGCUCAACCUUGUAAAACUUAAAUUAAAAUACUAUUAAUGUAAAACAACGGCUCUGCAGUUUGAAACUUUAGGCAGAGCCUCACUUGUUCAUUUAUUAAAUAAUAAUAAUAAAGCAAAGAAUAAAGAAAUUUAGAGGUGCUACAUAAAAUAAAUAAACAUGGUCUUGUGGGAGUACAUGAUCCAGAUUACUUUGGGAGGUUAAACAAUUUAUUAGUUAUUAACAGGGGACAAAACGCUGAAAAGUCUACAUAUAUCAUUUGAAAGCAACUACGAUGUUUAUUUCAUAGAAUUUCUUUAACAUCUUUCAGGUGCAGCUGGCAACUUCUUGUGUCCCCUUGAGUCUAUGUCUUUCAAUGCCUUCAAGACUGUUUUAGAAAUCGACACACUUGGUACAUACAACGUCAGCAAAGUUGCUUAUGAUAAAUAUUUUAAUGUAAGUAGGAUAAGUCAUAGCAAUACUUAUUUUUAUUUCAAUGAUCUUUAUUUGUAGUUUAGUAUAUUUCUGCAAGUGCAGGAUUUCUUUCAAUUAAAGUGCAAAUAUCUCUUAAACAAGUGUUUCCCAACCUUGGGUUGUCCCCCCGUCAGGAGUGCUAAGAAAAAUGAUUGGAAAUAGCAGAUGGCUUUUUAAUUUCUCUAUUAACAGUUUACUUGGUGUAAUAAGUCACACAUUUUAUCCCCUAGUUUCUUUAGUUCCCUUUGAAAUUCUCUUAACAAAAUUUUAAAGCAUUUCUUUUGUAGGAGCUGUGAGAUUUAGUCAAAGAGUCUGUAGGGGGUAUGCAAUAUAGAAAAGGUUGGGAAACACUGCCUUAAAUCGAGAAUUGAACUCUUGGUUCAUUUUACCUGGUCUGUUGUUGAUCAUGAGGUAAGGUCUAUACUGACUUCUGUCCUCUCUCAGACUCAUAAUAAGCAUAGCUCAGUUAUAAAAAAUGCAGAAAUUAUAAUUUUUCAUUCAUUGCAAGACAAAAAGAUAAUUUUGAGCUGUGUCUUUCCAUUCUUAUCAUACUUGCUGACAACUAUACUUUUGCAGGCCAAUGGUGGUGUUAUUAUCAACAUUACAGCUACACUGCAUUACAGAGGAACAGUUUUACAAGCACAUGUUGGAAGUGCAAAAGCAGCCAUAGGUAAAUUAAAUUAAAACAUUUGCUAUUAAUUAAUUCUUAUUAAAUACCGUCACUACUUAGUUAAGUUUUAUUCUAAACUUAUAAUUUUUUUAAUUAAUAUUUUUAAUUAAAUACAUCUUUUUGCAUGGUCAGCAUUUAUUCUUUAACUGCAUUUCUUAGAAAGGCUUAAGAAAGUAGUAAAACUUGAGAUGCUUAAAUUUUUUUAAGAGGCUCUAACAAAACAUCAGGCCCUGGAGUGGGGACCACAAGGUAUUCGAGUCAUCUGUGUGGCACCUGGUCCUAUAGAUGAUACAGAAGGCAUGAGGCGCUUAGGUAAGUCUUUCACACAUAAACUUUACUCUAACAUCGGGGAACAGUCGUAUUUUCAGUGAUUUACUGUUAUCUUUCAAAAUAAAAAAGUUAGUCACCACAAAGAAAUAAACAAGAAACCUUCGCAUAAUUUUGAAAUAAAAGCUGAAAAUUAUAAUGAGUUAAUUGGAAUUAUUGUAAUAAAUAUUAUAUUACUAAAGAUUUAAAGGUAGACCAAGUGAAUUGUAAAUUCUAAUUUUAAUAGUAGGCCAAAUGAAUUGUUACAAAUUGUAACAUUCCAAUUUUAAAGUAGGCCUAAUGAAUAAACGUUCCAGAUUUGGACAAGUUCUUUUGAUGGAUUAAUAUGUUAAGUUUACUAUUGUGUGUAGCCAUUAUAAAAAUUGUUUAUCAUUAAAAACCAUGUUUGGUAAUUCCUUAGCUUAAUAAAAACUAUGUUAUCAAUAUUAUUAAUGUUAUUAUGUUAUCAAUGUUAUCAAUAUUGGAAUAGUAAUUUUUUUUAGUUGACAAGACGUAACAUUAGUCGCAUAAUACAUUUUGAUAUUUUUUAGGAUUCAUUAUUUAAUUUAACUCUUCCCUAGAAGAUGGCUAUUUUACCUUUGUCCUUCUUUUAUUGUAGGAGGGGGAGUUCCUAAGGAAAUCAUCAACAAUAGCAUCCCUAUAGGUCGCAUGGGAACAAAGCGAGAAAUCGGGGAAAUAUGUCUAUUUCUUGUGACAGACAUGGCUGGCCUGAUCACAUCCUCCACAAUAAUCGCUGAUGGGGCUUCUUGGUUGUCUGACUCCGACACACAGAGAAGGAUGGAAAUGUUUAGAAGUCUGAAAGGAAAACUCUAGGGAGAUAACUAUUCUCUUUGUAUUGAAAGGAAAACUGUAAGGGGAGAUAACUAUUCUCUUUGUAUUGAAAGGAAAACUCUGGAGGUGAUUAAGUAUUCUCAUUGUAUUGUGAAUUUAACAUGGGAUAUGCUGACUUCUCAUAAGGUUAACUUUUUAACAUUCUCUGUAUUCAAGACUUAUGACAAGGCUCAUAUGUGUAUACUGAUGAAGAAAUCCAGCUUAAGACAAGAAAUACAUGGGGGGGGGGGAUUUAUUUUUCCCCCACGACUUGAUUUCAGAUUGAAGACAUAAUGUACAGGCUUUUUGGGGUUUGAGCUGAAACUUUGUCUGGCACAGUGCUGAUGUUUUCAGACAUAUUUUCUUAUGUAGAUGUUAUGUAAUACAUCCUGAAACUUGUCUGACACAGUGCUGAUGUUGUCAGACAUAGUUUCUUAUGUCAAUUUAUGCAUACAGUUUUCUAUUGUUCAGAUUUUAUUUCUUUUUUUUUUUUAAAUUUCAAUCUCAGCCAUUCAAGAACUCAUUGUUACCAAUUUAUCCAGAUGAACAUUGAAUAUAUCUAUGCAUGUAUACAUUUUUCCAAUUUAAAAAAUGUGAACAUUUCAAAUAAUUAAAAUAUUUUUUUUAAAA